AAUCACAUGAUCCAGCCAUCCCGUGACUCUCAUCACCAGAAGCUAAAGGAAAAUAUGAAGAAAAAUUCACAACUCCCUCCAAGAAACAAGAGGAGCUGCUGCUUCUUUCCAUCUCUGACCUUCUGUUCCUAGCCAGGGUUUCCAUGGCCUCCCCCCGAUUAGAGACCUUUUGCUGCCCCAACAGGGAUGCAGCCACACAGCUGAUCUUGGCAUUUCGGCCUGAAGUCUUCUGUGGGGUUUGCAUUGGCAGUGCAUCAGCCAAUUUGCUGCUCAGCAUGCUGCAGCUCCUCCCCAAGAAGGGACAAGGCCCCCGGAAGAUGCCUAAAGCCUCUUCUUCCACCACCAUCCUCCUCCUCAUCUCUGCCUGUGACAUGCUUGGCUCUCUCGGUAUAAUCUUCAGAUCAACCGUCUGGUUAGGAUUCCCAGGCUUUGUAGCAAACAUCUCUGUGGUGAAUGCUACUGAUGUGUGGCCUGCUGCCUUUUGUGUGGGAAGUGCGAUGUGGAUCCAGCUCUUGUACAGUGCUGGGUUUUGGUGGCUGUUUUGCUAUGCCGUAGACUCCUACUUGGUAGUUAGAAGAUCAGCAGGACUAAGUACAAUUGUGUUGUAUCACAUGAUGACAUGGGGCUUGGCGAUCCUGUUGUGUGUGGAGGGAAUUGCUAUGCUAUACUACCCUUCCGUUUCCAGUUGUGAAAAUGGUUUGGAACAUGCAAUUCCACAUUACGUCACUACAUAUGUUCCAUUGGUGCUUGUGUUGCUGGCCAACCCAAUACUUUUCAGCAGAACAGUGACAGCAGUUGCUUCUUUACUGAAGGGAAGACAAGGCAUCUACACAGAGAACGAGAGGAGACUGGGGACAGAGAUCAAAGUCCGCUUUUUCAAAAUUAUGCUAGUCUUUGUUAUUUGCUGGUCAUCAAACAUUAUCAAUGAGAGCCUUCUCUUUUACCUGGAAAUGCAACCUGAUAUCAAUGGAAACCCCUUGAAAAGUAUCCGGAAUGCUGCACUCAUCACAUGGAUUAUAAUGGGAGUCCUGAAUCCAAUGCAAGGCUUCCUCUUAACUCUGGUUUUUUAUGGAUGGACUGGGUGGAAAGUGGACCUGCCGUGGCGAAAAAGUGAAAUACCCUGGGAGUCCUUGUCUACAUCCAAUGCUGCUGAAAAUGCUUAUGCAUUGCCGGGUGGGAACUCAGUGAAUUUCCACGAUUCAAAGAUAGCCACUGUUGCACCAAACCAUCAGACGGAUGAGACCUUAAACAUACUGUCUGAAGGAAACCUUCCUAGCGAUGAUAGGCUAGCUAGGAACUCUCCUGUUUACCAGGGCUGGUGAUUCGCACAACCACAGGCCUAGUUCACACAUGCAUGCUCCUCACAUGAUGUGAAUAGGUCAUCAUAGACAGGUGGUUGGUUGAAUUCAACUGUAGUUGGUUGAAUUCAAUAUUUUUCAGUAUUCAGUUCAUAUAUUCAGCUGCCAGUCAUCAAAUGUAUAUAGCACAGAGAAGGAAGUAAAUAUGUGAUCCUGGCCACAAAGUAAACCUUUUCCUUCAUCCCGUUCCCUUACCACACUCACCAUCUACAGCGCUCUAUUUUGAAUGGAUUCUGUUUCCAGACCUUUGUUUGUACCUCUGGAUGUUCUUCUUGAAGAGGGAGGGGAAAAUGCAACAAAUGUCUGUGGGGACAAAAAUGAAAUAUGAUAUUUUAAAUGUUUUUUAAAAGUCAGUGUUCUUUGAUGUUAGUGGAAGGUCCUUAUGAUACAUAGGCGUUAUUCACUUCAGAGACUCUGGUUUAACUUCUAGUUAUGUUAGUGCACACAUUUCUAUGAAAUCCUCUAAUGUCUUUCCUGACUAGCUGGUAAGAAAGUUGUUGGUUGUCUUUGAUUGGAAAUUAAUUAAGAACUGCACUUUAACUGUUGUAUCCUUCCCUUUAUGGUAUAUGGAAGAACUUGCUUUGUUGGAGUGAUCUUGUACUUCCCUCUAGGCUAUAUUUAUUUUAAUAAAUAUUCUGGGCAUCUUCUGGUACA